AGUUGAAGGUGAGCGUCCUCUUUCAUCCCGUUAGCUGUCCCGGUACCUGCUCAUCGUCGCCACAGUCUCCAGUUAACAGCAGCCAUGUCGGUGUUUUGUGAGGUCCCUCAGGCAGCCCCUGUAGCUGUCUUCAAGCUAACGCAGGACUUCACUAACGACCAGUUUCCCAAGAAGGUGAACCUCGGAGUUGGAGCCUACCGGACAGAUGAGGGCCAGCCAUGGGUUUUGCCCGUGGUAAAAAAGGUGGAAAAGAUCAUUGUGCAUGAUGACAGGCUAAACCAUGAGUACCUGCCCAUCCUGGGCCUGCCUGACUUCAGAUCAUCUGCCUCUAAGAUCGCACUGGGAGAGGACAGUCCUGCCAUCCAGGAGAACAGGGUGGGGGCUGUCCAGUGUCUGGGAGGCACAGGUGCUCUGAAGAUGGGUGCAGAAUUUCUCAGGCGUUUCUACAAUGGAAACAACAACACCAAAACACCCGUCUAUGUGUCUGCACCUACCUGGGAAAAUCACAACGCUGUAUUUGCAAAUGCUGGCUUUGAAGAUGUCCGUCCAUACAAGUACUGGGACGCAGAGAGGAGGGGCCUAGAUUUGGAUGGUUUCCUUGGAGACCUGGAGAGUUGUCCAGAGCGCUCUAUCUUUGUCUUGCACGCCUGUGCCCAUAAUCCCACUGGCACAGACCCCACACAGGAGCAGUGGAUGCAGAUUGCAGAAAUAAUGAUGAGGAGGAAGCUGUUUGUGUUCUUUGAUUCAGCUUAUCAGGGAUUCGCCUCAGGGAGUCUGGAUAAAGAUGCCUGGGCGGUCCGCUACUUCGUCUCCAUGGGCUUUGAAAUGUUCUGCGCCCAGUCGUUCUCCAAGAACUUUGGCCUCUACAAUGAGCGUGUAGGCAACCUGACCAUUGUGGCUCGUGAUGCAGACAACCUGAAACGAGUUCUGUCCCAGAUGGAGAAGAUUGUCAGGACCACUUGGUCCAACCCACCGUCUCAGGGAGCUCGCAUUGUUGCCAUCACUCUUAACUCACCUGAGCUCUUCACUGAAUGGAAGGACAAUGUGAAGACCAUGGCAGACAGAGUGUUGUUGAUGAGAGCUCAGCUGAAAGCUAAGCUCCAGGCUCUGGGGACACCAGGCACUUGGGACCACAUCACAGAGCAGAUCGGCAUGUUCAGCUUCACAGGCCUCAACCCCAAACAAGUGGAAUACAUGGUGAAGGAAAAACACAUCUACCUAAUGGCCAGUGGCCGCAUCAACAUGUGCGGUCUGACCACCAAGAACAUAGACUACGUGGCCGAGUCCAUCCAUGAGGCCGUCACCAAGGUCCAGUAGAAGACUACACCACCCACAGCUCUCACUACUUCCUCCUGCCCGGCCCUGAGCCACCAGAUUUCAGAGAAAGUGUUUGUUUCCAGCUGAUUUUGUGGCACAAACAAACACUUAUUUGCACAAAUAUGCAAACAGCCCUCAGCUAACUUAUCCCCCUCCUUUCAGUGUUCGUGAUAAGCUGGACCUGUUUCUGUCUGAACGCACAAAUGGCAAUUAUUCCUUUAAGUAAUUAUGUUUUUAAUUUGUCCUUCUGUUUUCUUCAUGUUGGUCUCUCACUUAUAGUGUGUACUUAGUGUGAUUUUUUUUUUUUUUUUUCAGUAGUGUUCUGUAAGUGUGUGUCUCAACUGUGUCAUGAUUACCUCAGCAGUGCUGACUCAACUGUCUAAAAAAUGUUUGUCAUACUGUUAAGAUUCAUCCAUUCCAAGUGUUACAUAACAACACAUUUUGAAUUUUAUUUGACCUGCAUUAAUUAGCAUUAAUGAUUAACAGCACUGACUAAACUGACAAUGUAGCUUUCAUUAGAUGAAGCAAUAAUAGUAAAUGUUGUAAGCGUUUACCACGUCUAUCAUGAAUGAAGUAGCAGUAUUAUAGUAACUGCUGGAUGUAAUGUGAACAAAAGAGUUCUCAGGAAGAUAUUUUUUAACUUGAGCUAUGUAAUUUAUUAAUACUACUGUCUUCUGCCCAGAGUGGUGACACUAAUUACCUCACUUUUAAUCAGUAUUUAUGGAGAGUUUUAACUCGGUGAGCACAAACAGCACCGAAAUUUCCUCGCAGUCAUCCAGGUGACUCCGGAGUAAUCUCUGUUUUCGGCUCACAGCUGAGUUUUGUGAUGUCAGGCACCUGUAAAGUGAAUUGCACAGCGUCUGUCUGUCCGUAGCACUGGUGCACUAUUACGUAAGACCCUAACGUCUGUGGCACAAACACUAAUGAUCAACCAGUUUGCUAUCGUAUCACUGUGCGCAGUACACCAAUGCAGCAGUCUUACUGUCCUCAGACCUUCUAAUAAGAUGAAUGAACUCUAUAAAUAAAGAACUAUAAAUAGUA